CCCCAUGUGACUUUGAUCAUGUCAGCAGGGCAGGCCGGCUGGAUCAGUUAUAAAUAGUUCCAAGUCCCUCAUAACUUCCUCUCCAUCAGAAAAGCAUCACUCCAUAACAUCCUUAACCAUUUGCACCCAAGAAACGCCAUUGAUGAUAGGGUAAGCUGCUGAGCUAAGAGUAAGAGCUCUCACAUUAGCUAGCUGUACCACACACUACACUAGCAGCUGGAGCAGCACACACAUCACACUACAAUGUGCCACUGCUCGUCCAAGGUCGUAGCCGUAGCACAAUGCCACCAGCCUCUGCUCCCGCCACCGGAGGCAUGCCCCGCCCUGCAUGACCGCCCCAGGUCGGCGCGCGGCGGCGGCGGCGCGAUCGCCGAGGUGGCAUCCAUCGUGCGGCUCGCCAUGCCGAUGGUUGGAGCUGGGCUGCUGAUGUACAUGCGCUCGCUGGUAUCCAUGCUCUUUCUUGGCCGGCUUGGCCGUCUCCCGCUCGCCGGCGGCUCCCUCGCGCUCGGCUUCGCCAACAUCACCGGGUACUCGGUGCUGUCCGGGCUCGCCGCCGGGAUGGACCCCGUGUGCGGCCAGGCGUUCGGCGCCGGCCGCACGUCCGUGCUCGCCGCCGCGCUCCGGCGAACGGUCGUGCUGCUCCUCGCCGCGUCCGUGCCCAUCGCCGCGCUCUGGCUCGCCAUGCACCGGGUCCUCGUCGCCGCCGGCCAGGACCCCGACAUUGCCGCCUGCGCCUACGAGUUCAUCCUCUGCUCGCUCCCGGACCUCGCCGUGCAGUCCUUCCUCCACCCGCUCCGCGUGUACCUCCGCGCGCAGUCCAUCACGCUCCCGCUCACGUACGCCGCCGCCGCCGCGCUCGCGCUCCACGUCCCCGUCAACGUCCUCCUCGUGCACGGCCUCGGCCUCGGGAUCCGCGGCGUCGCGCUCGCCGCCGUCUGGACCAACCUCAACUUCUUGCUGUUCCUCGUGGCGUACGCCUACUUCUCAGGUCUGAUUCGUGGCGACGACGACGACGACGGCGGCAAUGGCAAAGCCGGCGAGGAGGGCGCGACGACGACGACGACGACGAUGGAGUGGGGGUGGUUGGUGAAGCUGUCCGUGCACAGCUGCAUGUCGGUGUGCUUGGAGUGGUGGUGGUACGAGAUCAUGGUGCUGCUCUGCGGCGUGCUCGCCGACCCGAAGGCGGCGGUGGCGGCGAUGGGGAUACUGAUCCAGACCACGUCGCUGCUGUACAUCUUCCCGCACUCCCUCAGCUGCGCCGUGUCGACGCGCGUCGGGCACGAGCUCGGCGCGGGGCGGCCGGAGCGCGCGCGCCUCGCCGCCCGCGUCGGGCUCGCCUGCGGCGCCGCGCUCGGCGUCGUGGCGUGCGCGUUCGCGGCGUCCCUGAGAGGGGUGUGGGCGCGGAUGUUCACCGCCGACGCCACCAUCCUGCGGCUGGCGUCGUCGGCGCUGCCCAUCCUCGGCGCCGCCGAGCUGGGGAACUGCCCGCAGACGGUCGGCUGCGGUGUGCUGCGCGGCAGCGCGCGGCCGGGGAGGGCGGCGAGGAUCAACGUCUCGGCGUUCUACGGCGUCGGCAUGCCCGCCGCCCUGGCGCUGGCGUUCUGGCCGGCGCGCCUCGACUUCCGCGGCAUGUGGGCCGGCAUGCUCGCCGCGCAGCUGGUGUGCGCGGCGCUGAUGCUGCUCGCCGUGCGGCGCACCGACUGGGACGAGCAGGCCGCCCGCGCGCGCGAGAUCACCGGCGCCGUCGCCGGCGUCGUCGUUGGCGAUGGCGACGUCGUCGUCAAAGGCGAUCAUGCAGACGCCGCCAAAGUAAAGGCAGACAGUGGCUUGCUCGUGGUCACAGUGCUAAGUUGAUUGCCAUAUAAUGGAGUAUUCUUGACUCCUUAAAAUUCGUUUUUUUUUUUACCUUUUUGAUCUUUUUUUGAAGCAUCCAUUGGAAAUUUUUAGGUAUUGAAACGAUGGAUAUUUGGAUGAUACAUGCAUCCUACUAAUUUUUUCCUCUUCGAAAAAAUUAACUAUGUACAUGAUCGAAGAGACGAGAAAUCUUCUGGCAAGGUAAUCGUGUGUGUGCACUAUUAUGCAGCAGUGAAGAUCGAGUUGCAAAUAGCGGCACGGUGAUGUGAUUGUACACGUGGCGCCCUCACAGCGCUUUGGCCUAAUCUAGUAUAUACUUUUGGGCCCUAAUUAACUACUGUUAAACCCCAUAUA